AUGCCUUCUUUCCUUCUACUCCUUCUGGCGAUUGGCGUUGUGCCUGUGUGGAGUUUCAGCCUGGAUACCCCCACCAAGUACUGGAACUACACCACGGCCAGCCUGUCCAGCACCACGUCGCCAGAAUGCAAAGCCGCCUACAGCGCCCACAUCGACUGCGACGACUUUCUGCUCGCCCUGGCCGUGUCCAAGGAAGACCGAUGGUGGCUGCAGGACUUCGACUCGGCGGUUUUUGACCGCACCUGCACGGCCACCUGCCAGUCGUCGUUGUCGGCUUACGUUGCGAACGUCGAACAGACCUGCAACAAGGCCCGCGACGCAGCAUGCAAGACCAAUGGCCCGGAGAAUCUUGGGGACCCGGUGCUUGUGCCAGUGGUGACGCUGGGCCAUAUCCUGCAAUAUGUCCUGAUGCGGUCCUGCGCGAAAGAUGACGACGGAUCAUACUGCUAUAUCGGCCAGAGCAACUUGUACUAUGACAACGGCGAGUGCGACUGGACGUGCGCGCUGGCCUAUUUCUGGGUCUGUCACGAAUAUCCAUAUGACAACUACCAGUUUGGCAUUCAUCUGCCGGGCAUGGAGGGUCAGCGCACCGAGUUGAUUCCCAGCAGCGUGCUCCUGGACGAUUCGCAGAACUCGACGUAUGGCUGGGCGACGGUCGAGCAGUGCGGAUGGACCACGAAUGAUUCAUUGCCAUUGUACAAUCCCGGCAUGUCGAAGAGAGUAGUUGAAGAACAGUCGACCACGAACACUCUCGCAGCCUCGACAGCCACCUCGACAGCCACCUCGACGGCGACAUCGACUGCGACGACCCCUGCUGCUUCGAGUACGGUCACCGCUGAUUCGGGAACGGGGUCAAUCCGGAUGCAUCUCGACACGGGGAUGGCAGUGUGGAUUCUUGCUUUUGGGAUAGUGGUCCUGUAA